AUGGCCGCCUUUGUCAAAGCGAUCAACGCAAAGAUCAGGUCGAACCCGACCCUGAGCUACUUCUGCUCAACCCACUUCUGGGGCCCGGCAUCCAACUUUGGUAUCCCCAUCGCCGCCAUUGCUGAUGCGCAGAAAUCCCCCGACCUGAUCUCCGGCCAGAUGACCGCCGCUCUGACCGUCUACUCGGCGACCUUUAUGCGCUACUCCCUCGCCGUCACCCCCAAGAACUACCUCCUCUUCGCCUGCCACUUCAUCAACGAGUGCUCGCAGCUGACCCAGGGAUACCGCUUCGUCAACUGGCACUACUGGGGCGGCAAGGAGAAGGCCCUGCAGAGCGGCGCCCUGACCGAGGCCAAGGAGAAGGUGGUUGCGGCGGGCGAGAAGGUCAAGGAGGCUGUCUCGAAAUAA